AACGGAGUUGUGUCGUGCUGUCUCUAUCACUCCGUGCCAUUAAAGGACGCCCCGCGUACAUGAUCGACUGACCUGUGUGUGUGUCCAGGGUUUGCGGCACAUGCGGACCAGCGACCUUUCCAAUGUCUUUCGCAACCAGUACUCUAGCGAUGGUCAGCUUGCUGCUUAGACCUAGACCAUGAUGCGUACUUCGCACGGCGGUCCGUCUUGGCGUGUGAUGGUGAUGUGUGCAGUGUCGAUUCAACUGCUUGACGGCACGACAUUCAGCGCUCAACCAAAUGGCCAGCCGGAGCUUUCAGACGUGUCGCCGGGCAUCACGUUAUAUGACCUCCAGGCCAACUUCUGUUACGUGGUGGACGAGCUUGUCACGAGAGAGCAGAUGCACCAGGCGGCUCUAAGGCGGAGGGCCAAUGGUAGUGAUAUCGAGAAGGCCGACACCGAGGCGUCGACGGACAACCAGCAGCACACUGGCGACAGUGGCGGGUGGCGUGGGCUUUAUGAGGCGUUCCGCAAGACGAAACGAACACUUAUCGAGGCGGGCAGUCCACCGGUCAGCGAGAGAGCCGCAGUAUGUCUCUCUCGUGCCUUGUAUGUAUGUCUUCCUUGAUUGAUUGCAGGAUGCCAUCCCGGAGGUCCUCGCGGGCCUCGCACCGACAGUGGUGGAGACGCCAUGUGGCUAUGCAGCAGAUGAGGUGCCCACGAGUGGCGCGUCGUCGCCCGUCAGCUCGACCCAAUCGCGGCCAAGCGACGCCCACACAGCCGCCCUGACCCCCCUCUGCCACCUCACGCGUGUCGAUUGGCCUCGGCUCAGCAGUUACGACAAUGAUAGCGCGGCAUUGUCCGUGUCAGCCGAAGCUGUCCAUGAUGCGUGCACUGGGCUCUCUUCAUCGGGUGCAGCCGAUGCUGGUGAUUGAUGUUGUUAUAGUAGUCGACGCGUGUGUACUAUACUCGGAAGCCAAUGAGUGUCUGCUGCUGAGUGCAUGGGUAUGUAUCUUUCGGGCUGUCUUUCGUGCGGGCCGUGAGUGAGGGAGGGCGCUCCUUUCUGUCAGUCGAGGGCAAGCGGGUUGUAGGCCUCGAGCUGCAGGAUGGUCUUCUCGUCACCCUUCGAUGCCACCGACAUGGCCCUAUUCCGUGGCAACCUGUCGUGGUCCAGAACCUAACAAAAAGCAGAGAGGGUUCCAUGCACUCAUGUGAGGUGACGCUACACUCACUCAUUACCUUGAUUUUGCCAGCCAGCGGGUGGCGCAGCAGGUAGUAAUACAGUACACGGACAGUGAUGGCUGGCGGCAUAUACACUGACGGGUCCAACCAUCGGGGCUCUGACAACAGGAGCGCAAGAAGGUUAAUCGUUCAUCGCAUCGAAAAGGGCCUUAUUUUGGGUCUUUUUGGGUCCCUUCUGGCGUGAGGAGCCUCCGUGUUGACCGCCGCCUCCUGAGAACCACCACUGCUGCUGUCCGCCAAAGUCACGCCCGGCUCUUCCCUGACAAACACGGCCGGCCUCGUGUCCGCAUCGCCAGCCGCAUCUCCAUUCCCCAUCUGCGGGCUGAUCUCCAUCCGCCUGAAUGAGAAGUUGAGAACGGAAAGAGAGCAAUGCCGACAGACCAUUACAGACCAUUACAUACACUUCUCAGCUCGUUGCAGACAACGUACCUGCGAUGCUACAGAGCCGCUUCUGUCAGAUUAAGAGGGCGACUAGCCAUCAAUGAUGAGCCUUUCCUUCAACGAUUGCAGCGAAAAACUCGCUGGGGCCAGCAAGCUUAGCCUGUCCGACCAGUCUCGAUCUCUUCGCACGCUGCAGGUCCUGUUGAGCAGCGUCCAUGAUAAAAUGAUGCACGGCCAUGCACGAAAUACAAACACAGAGAAGAGAUCUCUUCGUUUGUGGUCGUUUGCCUCCCUCCCUCCUUUGUGUCCCUUCAGGUGACUGGCAGCUGCAUCCACAGUGCUUCCACCUCACAGUCGAUGUCGACUCGAUGAUGAUGUCAGCGGCACUUUGAUAGGUUUGAUACAUCAGUCUCGUCGAGAGAGUGUGUUGGCUGAGGGGCGGAGGCCUUUGGUUGUGUCUCGUUGGUUGGCUGCUGCCGCGUGGCUGGGAUUCUGCUCAGCCUGCUGCAUUCAAUGGUUCAUUGGCCUGCCACACAUGUCUCUCUCUCUCUCUCUCUCUCUCUGUGUGUGUGUGUGUGCGCGCAGUGGUGCCUUCGGGGCUGUCUGCCCAAACACAACGACUCCUAUGCUGUACAUGUUGGAAGUCAAAGAGGAGCUGUGCGUAUGGACCCACGCACAAAGAAAGAAAAAGACACAGAGAUGAAUAGCGGCCGCCUGGCUGUCUCUGUGUCUGUGUGUCUGAGGCAGGCGGCCACCACCACCAGACAGCAGGAGCUGGCAAGUGACACAGGGACUCGCAAACGUCAGUCAGUGGCUGGUUGCCUUGCUGGUGCAUGAGACUGCGUUGUUGGCAUGGUUGUUGGCCAAGAGGCGAAUAACGGGGCGGCCUCUGCUCCCAUUGCGUCUCGUUGGGGCUGCGUGGGUGAGGGUGAGAAGUCUUUGUC